AUGGCAUCUCAACAAGAGAAGAAGCAGCUGGACGAUAGGGCGAAGAAGACAGAGACUGUCGUACCAGGUGGCACUGGAGGCAAAAGCUUAGAAGCUCAACAACAUCUCGCUGAAGGGAGGAGCCGAGGAGGACAAACUCGAAAGGAGCAGUUAGGAACCGAAGGAUAUCAGGAGAUGGGACGCAAAGGUGGUCUAAGCACUGGAGACAAGCCUGGUGGUGAAAACGCUGAGGAUGAAGGAGACGAGAUAGACGAAUCCAAAUUCAGGACCAAGACCUAA